AUGGCGCCUCGACUACAAGUUCUAUAUCCCAGAGGCGCCGGCAACAGCAACAACAAUGGCCAGCUCCUCUCAUCAGCUAGCUCGAGCUUCACUCGCAUUGCAAGAGACGCAGCUCUUGCCCCACGCCAGCUGCAUGACAUCACCAAGAGAACGCAGAUGAUAAACAUACCAGCCAUAUACAGCGGCCCGCAUACCUCACCACCCAUCGUCGUGGCCAUCGUGCUCGGAACAGUCGUUGGCUUUGUGCUGGUUGCCUACUUGGUUUAUAUUUUGUUUAACAAACCCAAAGACAUCAUGUCUGCCUCCUCAGAUAUCGUAUCAGAAGACUUCCCCCGGCCCAGGCGCAAGGCAGCGGCCCGCCGAAAGCCCACAAAGGCAGCAGGCCGAAAGAAGCCUAUUAUUGUGGACGAAGAUGAGCCGGAGCCAUACUUUGUUGAUGUUCAGGACCCCAACGACCAUCGACAUGGGCGUGCACACUCAGGGUAUGGAGAGACCGAAUCGCUGGGAUACACCGAAGAGACAUCUGAGUCUCACUAUCAAGCGCCGAGAUCGAAAUACUCGCAGGAGAUGGCGGAGUCGUAUUACGAUCCACGCCCGAGUGGCCGAGGAGGACGGGGCCGGGGAAGAAGAUAG